AUGAUCAAGGCAAUCUUCUACAGUAAAUUCGACACGAUAGAGGGUCCCAAAGUCGUCCAUCAAGUCCCCGAUGGAGCCAUCGUACCCACCCCCACUGCACCCUCACAGCCACCCUUCCUCACCUUCUUCGAUGUCUCCUUCUUCGUAAUCCCCCGCCAGGAGCUCUGUGGAAACCUUUUGCAAGUCUGCACAAACGGAUAUCGUAUUCUGGGCUACCCAAUCUGCAUGAAAUCAGUGCGGUAUGACCGCAAUGAGUUCAUCUUCAACUUCUGCAUAGUCCUCGCCGAGGAAGACGACUUCAGCACGUAUAAGAGCGUGGUACAGAAACUAGCAGACCUAAUGCAUGGCCUGGAGGAGCAGAACGGUUUCUUGUCCCGCGAUUUCUCGAAGAGUGGUGAAGGGAAGGUAUAUAGUCUCUGUGAGAUGUUGAUGGAGGACUUGAACAAUUAUUGCGAGUGCAUGAUUCCCAUUGACGAAUUAAACACUCUGAACAUCAAGCUUUUCCCGAUAUACCCUUCUCCCCCGCCCGUCAAGGCCUGGCAAGUACCGCUCUUCACCUUGCGAUACCAGGCCUUCAUGGAUGAGAACUGGGACUUGACCAUGCAAAGGGUAUGUGAAGAUGACUCUGCCCCCAUGGCCAGAAAGACAACAGCUGAACCCUGCCAGAUCGUACCACAUAUCAACGGCGUCAACAGCGUCCGCAUCAUCUCUGUUCUAGCCGACACAGACUUCUCCCUCACCUGCCGUGCCCUCCGACACCUCCUCUACUACGGCUGCCUAUUUAUCCUCGACAUCUUCUCCUUCUCUGCCAUCUACGCCCCAACCGCCCAAUUCAGCACAACAAUAGCCUCCGACGAAGCAAUGCAACUGGAAUGCGCCCGCUACGUAAACCUCCGCUUCGCACCACACCCACCAAUCGGCCCAGACUCCCCUCUCCCCGCAACCCUAGCCCGAUCCCCAAGCGUCAACGGCAGCACAAACGGCAGCAUAGGAACAGCACCCCUCUCCAGCUCCCUCACCACAGACCCAGCACCAAGCCUUACACGCGAGGAAUCUCGCUUCGACGCCGAAGAGAUCUGGCCCCUGCUGGGCCCUGAGGAAAACCCAGUCACCUCCACCACCACAACAUCCGCAACUGCACUCCACAAACCAGCGCUCGUCGAUGGCGUCGCGCUGGUCGAACUCUACGCAAGCCUGAAACAGGGCCAGAGCGUCAAGCAAUGGUACGCAGCCCACAGCCGCGCCCUAGCAAACAUCGACAUCCGCCGUUUCAUAACCUUCGGCGUGAUAAAGGGCUUCUUGUAUCGCGUGCACAAAUAUGCAUGCGCAACGAGCCAACCUGCACCCCCGCCGCGCACGUCCUCGUUCACGCCGACGGGUCUCUCGUCGCGUGCGACUACGGGAACCAAUACACCCUAUGCGGUCUCGAGUGUGUCAGAGGACGCGCCUAUAUCGGCGGCUAUGAGGGGAGAGUCUAAUCGUGAGCGGGCUGGGUCCGGGUCGUUGAUGAGUGGGAGUCGGAAUGGGAACGGGAACGGGAGUGGAGGGGCGCCGUCGACGUUUUGGGAGGAGGAUGAGGAGGCUGUUGGGGAUGAGGUUCUUGGGAAGUAUCUUGAUGGUACACAUUGCUUUGAUCAGGUUUGUACAGAGUUGGAGAUGAGUGAGAGGGAGUUGACGGCUAGAUUGAAGAGGUAUCCUUGGGAGGUCUUAAUUCUUCAUAGAUGA